GGUUGAGGUGGCCCGGCUCCAGUCCCUGCUCCAGGAAGUCAGCUUGCGAAGGAUGGAGGGGGAGCCGACACAGCAAGAGGCUGGGACAGGGCGACGUGGGGCAUUGAGAGCAAGGCGGCGGUUGACGGACUCAGUGCUGCAGGAUCCGGGUGCGGACCAGCAUGUGUCAGCUGCAACCGAGCGUGUGGUAGCAGGGGCGGAGGUGGAGGCGACGAAGCGAACAACGGGUGCCGAGUCGGACGCCGAGCGCAUGAUAGAGCAAACGCUCCGGGACCACUUCUCACGAAGCCAGCUGCUGUCCCUCCGCCGAGCUGUCCGCGAGGUGUUGGGCCGGGCGCCCGAGCUGCAGCCGCUGGAAGAGGCGGUCGCGGAGCAGCUGGACGUCAUGCCCAAGACGCGGGUCCGAGAGCUGCACAGAGCCGUGCGGAAGGCCGUGCUGGAACGAGACGUGGAGACCUGCUGCAGGCAGUCGCUCGAGUGCCUCACGCCGCAAAAGACGCUGCCAAGGACCCCCGCCCGCACCCCCACCCGUAACCCCAUGCGCUCUCCACGCAAGAGGCGCGUUAUACGUCAGGGCGGCGGCACAGACGAACUCAUGACGUUUGGAGAAGACGAGGAGGAGGCGGAUAACGGUGAAGACGGAGAGGAGGAGGAGGGCUAUGGCAACAGCGGCAGCGACCCCGUCAAGGACGCCAUGCAAGCCUGGUGGCGCCAGCACUACUACCCACACCACCUGGCGCCUCUGCUGCAGCAGCAGCAGGCGGCGCAAGCGCCCUCCGGCAUUGCGAGGGCAGUUAUCUUGCAGCGCGUGCAGGAGAGCGCGGGUCCGGAGCUGGCGGCGGUGCUGGGUCGCAGCGUGUGGCUGGGGCUGGGGGGAG